AACUCAUCUGCAUAGCCUUUCUUUCUCUGUUUUCAAAGCUUGUGUUUUCAUUGAAUUUCUUCCUCUGUUUUCAUUGAAUAUCUGUAAUGGGUAACUGCUUGCGAUCCAGUGUAGGUGGAGAGAGAGGAGAUCAGAUGAUCAAAGUGAUGAAAGUGGAUGGAAAGAUUUUGGAAUACAGUCCUCCUCUCCUGGUCAGAGAUCUUCUCACUGAAAAAGAUUAUGGGCGAAAUUAUAUGCUUGCUCACCCACAAAAUGUUAGGGAUGCUCUGCCCCAGGACUAUAAAUUGAAGGGCGGUGAGCUUUACUACCUCAUUCCUUCCCAUCUUGAAGAUGAGAGCAGCUUUAAUGGAGGAGGAAUGAAGGAAAGAGGGGUGAAGGGAGAAAAGGGUAUGAAGAUCAAAAUUAUGGUGUCAAAAACAGAGCUCAAGGCUUUGCUUUCAGAUGGGUGUGUGAAGGAGAAAUGGGUGGAAGACUUUUUGCUGAAGCAGCUUGAGGUCAAGUUCCUGCAACUUCAACAGAAAGCUUGUGUUGCAAGGGGAAAAUGGAGGCCGGCUUUAGAAAAGAUUCCAGAGACUAACUGAGAAAUAAGAAAGGAUAAAAAGAAAAAAAAUCUUUUAUAAUUCAAUGGACUGUGCAUCAUAGAUCUGCGGAUGGCUUAUAACAAGAUGAACUAAGAGAUUUAAUGGAAAGAAUUUUGUUGGGCUUGCUAAUUUUUGGUUUUUCUUUUUGAACUGUAAAGAAAUCCUGUAUCAAUCUUAAAGCAAUUCAGUGAUCUAGAUCAUCUCAUCAUUCACUUGUACAUUUUCUUCUUUUCUGAUGAGAGAUUUUUACAAUAGAUCUUACUUAUGGCAUUGGAAUACCUUAUACUCAGUGAGACUUGAUGCUCUGUAUUUUC